GUGCCCAGGAGGAAACAAACCACCACUACUGAGGCCAUCAUGUACAUACCAGAGGAAACCACCACCGUCCCAUACGUAGGUCCCUGGUAUGAAGAAUAUGAUUAUGCUGACUUGGCUGCCAAGAAACAAGAAGAAGAAGAGGAGAGAGCUCGGAAGGAAAAGGCAGAAAAAGGUCCUUAUUUAAAUGUUCUGGAAACUUCUGCUCUACUUCCCAGUGAGGAUUUUGUGUCGUCCUACUUUGUGGCCUUCAGUAACGACAGCCAUGACUGGACUCUCCUCGAUGAUGGCUACGCUGAAUGGCUGUUCUAUGGAAAUGUGGAUAAGGACACACCGGUGAUGAGUCAGUUUGCUCCCUCCGUGGUGGCACGUUACAUCCGCAUCCUGCCUCAGAGCUGGAACGGCAGCCUGUGUCUCCCAGCUGAGAUCCCGGCCUGUCAACUACCCAGCAGCUACCGCAGCGAGAAUGAGGUCAACCCGUCAGACGACCUGGACUUCAGACACCACAACUACAAGGAGAUGAGACAGAUGAUGAAAGUGAUAAACGAGGAGUGUCCCAACAUCACCAGAAUUUACAACAUCGGUAAAAGCUCUCAGGGUCUGAAGAUGUACGCCAUGGAAAUCUCUGACAACCCGGGGGAGCAUGAGACAGGUGAACCAGAGUUCCGGUACACAGCCGGCCUCCACGGUAAUGAGGCGCUGGGCCGAGAGCUUCUCCUCUUGCUCAUGCAGUUCCUCUGCAAAGAGUAUAAUGAUGACAACCCCAGAGUGCGCCGCCUGGUGGACGGAGUGAGAAUACACCUGGUGCCUUCACUCAACCCUGACGCUUAUGAGCUGGCCCAUGAGAUGGGCUCAGAGAUGGGGAACUGGGCGCUGGGCCACUGGACCGAAGAAGGUUACGACAUUUUCCAGAACUUCCCAGACCUCAAUAGCAUCUUGUGGGGAGCUGAGGACAGAGGCUGGGUCCCCCGUGUGGUACCCAAUCAUCACAUCCCCCUCCCAGAAAACUUCCUCAAUGGCUCUAUUGCCGUUGAGACAAAAGCCAUCAUUUCCUGGAUGGAGCGCAACCCAUUUGUGCUGGGAGCCAAUUUGCAAGGAGGAGAAAAACUGGUGGCAUACCCCUUUGACAUGCAGCGCCCACCAAUAUCUUUAACCGAGAGCCGGCGCUGGAGAAGUAACACUGAGAUGAACGAAGAGACUUGGGCCCGUAUUCAGCGGCAGAACGAGGGGGCUCUGAGGGAGACGCCGGACGAUGCCAUGUUUAGGUGGUUGGCAAUGUCUUACGCCCACAGCCAUCUGACCAUGACGGAGACCUACCGAGGCUCCUGUCAUGGCGAUGACAUCACUGGGGGACAGGCCAUCACCAACAGAGCCAGCUGGGAGCCGGUGGUGGGCAGUAUGAAUGACUUCAGCUACCUGCACACCAACUGCUUCGAGCUUUCCAUCUUCCUGGGCUGUGACAAGUUUCCCCAUGAAAGUGAACUUCCUCUUGAGUGGGAGAACAACCGCGAGGCUCUGCUGUCCUUCAUUGAACAGGUACAUCGGGGGAUAAAGGGUGUAGUGAGAGAUGUGGAGGGAAACCCAGUGCCUAAUGCCACCAUAUCUGUGGAGGGAAUACGGCAUGAUGUCAGAACUGCUGUAGGUGGCGAUUACUGGCGCCUAUUGAACCCUGGAGAGUACAGGGUGACAGCCAAAGCUGACGGCUACACCCCUGAGACCAGACUCUGCAUGGUGGGGUAUGAAUCUGGAGCCACUGUGUGCAGCUUCACCUUGGCCAAAUCCAACUGGGAUCGCAUCAAACAAAUCAUGGCUCUCCGUGGGAACAGGCCCAUUCGAUUUGUGCCCAAAGUGAAUGUAGUGAAGGCGACUGCAGCCAGCACUACUACAGCUGCCACCGCUGCAGACGCUCACGCCGAGGCUCAGAACGCAGAGCGGCUCCGGCGGCUGCGGCUCAUGCGUCUGCGCAGGCUGCGACUGCAAAGAUUACGAGGCAGACUGAGCACCACUCCUGCUACAACUACCACCACCACAACUACAACUACAACUACAACCACAACGCCACCACCUAAAACAGAGACAACCACCUCCUGGUACGACUCGUGGUUUCCUGUGGACAGCUGGUCCACAGAGAACCCGUUUGAUAGCAUCAUCUUUGACUCGGUUCCCACACAGGACUAUCCUUUUGAAUACACUAUUGACUGAUCACUACACUUUCAUGGUAUGCAAAGACCGUAUUAACCGCUUCAUUAUGCUGCACCAUCACAGCUUUACAAACAUACAAGUUGUUUAUUAAUUUGUUUUCAGGGUUUACGGCUAUGUCCAAAAGUCCCCUCCUCGGACAACUGAUCUGGCAAAGAGACUGCAGCACAUGUUUAAUUGGCUUGAUCUUCAAUAAAAUAACACAGAGCAGGUCCCUAUACAGAGCAGAUCAGGGUCUUCUCCAUAAGAACUCCAUGUAUCUCUUUAUGUUUCUCUACGUGUGAACUCCAGCCUGAGUUAAACCGGUUUAAUGUACUGCUGAGUGUAUUUGAUUAAAAUGAAG